AUGCGGGUUGUGUCAGUAGUGGCGGUAUUGAUCUCAGUAGCGUUGUUGCUACUGAUGCGGUGCUGUGAGAGCGCAAACCUUCACAGCUUUGCCCUACCCGAAGAGGACGAGGAGUUUAGAGUCCGCCCACGAUAUAGGGAAUAUACCUUGAACCGUAGAGCUGUGCGUGCUGAAGAUCCUUUUGAUGACUACGGACAUUUGCGAUUCGGCCGAUCUGAUGACUGA